GGUGUGUGUGUGUCAUGUCUGCUGUUCUUCUUUCUUCUGCUGUCUCUGUCGCGCCACGUUGAUCGAGCGAUCAUUCAUCAGAUGCAGUGUUGCUUCAUGUCCUCCUCGUGAGCGUGCGCUGUGAUUGGUCCUGCUGAGCGUGCGCUGUGAUUGGCCGGCUCCUCCUCAUCAGCAUCAGUGUGUGCUGGGCUUUUGUCUGGGCCUGAUCCUGAUCCUGAUCCGCGGCUGAGGUCCGGCCCGCCGGAGGACUGACGGAUGUGUGUGAGCACGGGUUGGUGUGUGUUGUGCGUUGAUGCGUUGAUGACCCCUGCUGUGUAGCUCGCCCGCCCCACCCCCCGCUCCCUCUCCUCCUGGAUCAGCCAUGUUUGGCACCGAGUCCUCAUUGAGCAUGUUCCUCAACACUUUGACCCCCAAGUUCUACGUGGCGUUGACAGGCACCUCAUCCCUCAUCUCAGGACUCAUUCUGAUCUUCGAGUGGUGGUAUUUCCGGAAGUACGGCACGUCGUUCAUCGAGCAGGUUUCGGUCUCUCACCUGCGUCCUCUGCUCGGUGGAGUCGACACCAGUUCUCCCAGCAACACCAGUGCCAGUAAUGGAGACGCCGACUCCAGCCGGCAGAGCGUCUCAGAGUGUAAAGUUUGGAGAAAUCCGCUCAAUCUGUUCAGAGGAGCUGAAUAUAACCGGUACACGUGGGUAACUGGGCGAGAGCCGCUCACAUACUACGACAUGAAUCUAUCAGCGCAGGAUCAUCAGACGUUCUUCACCUGUGAUUCUGAUCACCUGCGGCCUGCAGACGCCAUCAUGCAGAAGGCCUGGAGAGAGAGGAAUCCUCAGGCUCGGAUCACGGCGGCUCAUGAAGCUCUGGAUCUGGAGGAGUGUGCGACGGCGUAUGUUCUCCUGGCGGAGGAGGAGGCCACGACGAUCGUGGAGGCGGAGAAGCUCUUCAAGCAGGCGCUGAAGGUGGGAGAGACCUGUUACCGGCGCAGCCAGCAGCUUCAGCACCACGGGGCCCAGUACGAGGCCCAGCACAGAAGAGACACAAACGUGUUAGUCUACAUCAAGAGAAGACUCGCCAUGUGCUCCAGAAAGCUCGGCCGCACGCGAGAAGCCGUCAAGAUGAUGCGAGACGUGAGUGACCUCUGACUCUCG